AUGUACUCUUCGCAGGCCAUGCUCGAAGCUCAUGAGGCCAUAAAAUUACAUCCCCCUGAUCCAAGUUGCAAGCUUGAGACGGUCAUUGCUGCUGUCAUGCUUUGGUCAGACUCAACACAUCUCACUAGCUUUGGGAGUGCGUCAUUGUGGCUUAUAUAUUUGUUCCUCAGGAAUCAAUCCAAGUACAUUCACGGAAAACCUUCGUCCUUUGCUGCACACCAUCUAGCAUAUAUACCUAAGCUCUCCAAUACCAUUCAGGACUUUUAUCGCUGUGUGUUUGGCAAGCCUGCUACUGCAGAGAUGUUGACCUACUGCCGCCAAGAAUUGAUGCAAGCCAUAUGGCUUCUUUUAAUGGAUGAUGACUUCAUGCAUGCUUACGAAUUUGGUGUUGUCAUCAAGUGCCUUGAUGGAAUUAGUCGACGAGUCUUUCCUCAAUUUUUUUCAUACUCAGCUGACUACCCAGAGAAAACCCUUCUGUCUUGCAUCAAAUUCCUCGAUUUGCUUCACGAGUUUGAACUUGGUGUCUGGAAGGCAGUCUUUACCCAUCUCCUUCAUAUUCUGUAUGCAUAUGGUGAAGAGAGCAUACAAAGAUUGAAUCAAAGGUAUCAACAAGUCCCAACAUUUGGACAAGGCACAAUUCAGCAUUUCAGCAGCAAUGCAUCAGCAAUGAAAUGUCUUGCUGCUCGAGAUUUUGAGGACUUACUACAGUGUGUGAUGCCAGUUUUUGAGCAGCUCCUUCCAUCACCCUUGAAUGAAAUGCUACUUGACCUGCUCUUUGAGCUCACAACAUGGCAUGGACUCGCAAAGCUUCAACUGCACACUGAGACCACUCUUGGAUUUCUUGACACCUCAACAACACACCUUGGAAAAUGUCUUCAAAAAUUUAUGUCCAAGACUGCAAAGAGAUUUGUGACUUGUGACCUUCCUAGCGAGGAAGCUGCACGUGGGCAUUGCAAGGCCCGAGCAGCUGCAAAAGGUGGUAAUACGUCCUCGAGAGCUAAUGCAACAGGCCCUUCCACUGGAGUUAAGGCUCAAUAUUUUAACUUCAUGACCUACAAGCUGCAUACGCUAGGGGACUAUGUCUCUGCAAUUAGACUUUUCAGCACCACUGACAAUAAUUCUACUCAACUGGGCAAACUCGAACACCGACGUGUGAAACAUUUUUACCCACGCGUUAAGCACAAGUUGCCUUCAAAGUCGAAGAAAGGGAAAGCAAAGGUCACUGACAAGCGCCAAUGCCACACUGCAAACAAUCUAUCGAAGGACCUUCCAAGCAUACCUUUCGAAGCAUCUGAGCCAUUGGCAUACUCUGAUCCGAAAGCACACUACCAUAUAGCAUCAAGCACGAGAUAUUUUUUGAAUGUGCAGCAGUGGCUUGGGAGGCAUUCAGAAGAUCGUGCAUUGGAGGAUUUUCUUCCUCAACUUAAAGAUCAUCUCCUUGCCCGAAUGCUUGGACAUCGAUACAAUGGUGACGAAACCGAGUUCAGUGCAGCUGAACAAGCCCAGAUUGUGUUCGUAAAUGAUUGCGAUCACGCACCUAGCUUCAACUCACCCCAGGAAAUGGACUUUUUAUGGGUCCGAUGGUUUGGUCACAACCCAAACAAUUAUCAGUCAGGCUGGAAUGCGAAACGUCUUCACCGUCUUGGAUUCAUACCUGCAGACGAACCAGGCACGUUCGGAUUUCUCGAUCCCCGUCAAAUCAUUCGUGGCAUCCACUUAAUCCCCGCAUUUGUCUAUGGCCGUACCGACGAACUUUUACCGCCUUCGAUUUCCCGUCCUCUUCAUGAAAAUAAUGAAGAUUGGAGAUUUUACUACGUAAAUAUGUUCGUCGACAGAGAUAUGUUUAUGCGCUUCCGUGGCGGGGGAGUCGGUCACAAGUCAACUCGCAGCGCAACACAAAUAUUUCGCAACGACCACGACCCUCUAGAUUGUGUUGCUCCCGGCGACAAUGCAGACUCCGAGGAAGAUGAAGAAGCAUCUGACUCAGAGGAAGACGAAGAAGCAUCCGAGGGAGAUGAGGAAGGAGCAGCCGAGGGAGAUGAAGAAGGAGCAGCCGAGGGUGCUAUUGAUGAAGGUAUCAUUGAUCAGGACGAAGACGAAGUUGGUGAAUCAGAGAUGGAGGAGUUUGGUUAUGGCGGACUGGAUCAAGAAGAGGAUGACACUGACAGCGAUGAAGAUGACAGCAGCAGCGACAAUGAAGAUAAUGACUCAGACCUCGAUAAUGACUUGGGACCUGAGGAUGGAGAAGACGAGAACGAAGAGGAGCUCGAGGGGUAUGGAGAGCUUUAA